ACCACCGAACACUGUCCCUUUCCUUUCUGCUGGGCACAGCCCUCUGGUACCCUCUGUGGGUCAGAGUAGAACCCCAGCGUGUGUGCUGAACUGAUCCGCAGUACCUGGACCUUCAGCACCUCACCAGGGGUCGAUGCUUAACUGCACCUCCCCGCCCCCCGUAGGGGUAGGGUAAGAGGGGUGCAGGAACCCAUCUCUGACCAUGUCUUCCCUGGCCUCUUCGUGGGCCAAGUGGACGGACUAAGAUGGGAUGGCUUGUAACGAUUCAAGCUGUCUAGCCCACAGCACAGGGCUGGUCUUGAAUCUUGACUCUUGAGCUAUGCACAACACUUGGAGUACUUUUGCAUUUUAAAUUUGGAGCCAACUGUGUUAUCCCAAAGUGGAAUCUGGACAGAGAAGGAGGUCAAAGUCUGCUCCAGGGCAGCCCCGCAGUGCUGGGCCAGAGUGGUAGUGUGGUGGGGUUUUAAGGGUGCUGAAAAGAGAGGAGAGAAUUGCUUACAGAAACCUGGUCUGCUUUGCUGUUACACUUGGAUCUGGAAUGUCAAAUGUGUAUAUUGUCCCGGCCUGGGGUGCUUCCGUGGGAACUGGGUGGAAAAGUAGUCUGGGGAGGGGACAGAGGGAGGAUGGUACCUCUAUACCUGGGCUUUCCCAAAGAGCACUCUGAGAAGGUGGGGACACUGGGGGGAGUUGUGUAUAUGCACACUUGUGCCAGUAUCUGGGAACAAGGAAUCAAAGAAAAGUUUGUUUUCAGAGAAUCCCAGCCCAGCUGCAGACAGACCCAGCAGAGCAGGGUGGAUUCACAGCAGCAACUUUCCAAAUCACAGGGGAUUUGGAAAAGGGCUGCGAAGACAGGCCAGAGCUUUAGCCCUUGACUGUGGCCCACCAUGGUGGAUUUGUGUGUUUUCAGUCUUAUGCACACCCACACAUAACAAUUCCAUACAGAGAUGUGUUCAUACACACAUACGUACACCCUGAAGCCCACUCCUGCUGACUCACACGGCUGAACACAUGUGCCUUUCACACACACAACCUUGUUCACCUGCUGUCCCACACUGCCGGAAUAUGGGCAUACAUCUGCACACACAGGUGCACACUAGAGGCAUACUGCAGAACCAGGUGCCCACAUCCAUAUACCUGCAGGACUCACGGACACACUCAUUGCUCUCAGAAGUACCUGAAAACAUGUCUUGAACUGGCAACGUUCCCCUUUCCCUAUAGGAAGGCCCUGUUCUGGGUGCUUUAAACACAGGAGCUCGUGUCACUUGCACCAGCUUUAGGUGUAGUCUUGCUUGUAUCUGCACCCCAAGAUGGGGACCGGACAUUCUGAGAGUACAAGAGACUGUCCAAAGUCACCGCACCAGGAAGUGCAAGUUAGAUGGGCACCCCAGAGCCACAGCCUGCACCAACCAAGCGUUCACCGCAUCUCUCCUGGUCUUGGAUCUAGUCCAGUUAUUAGUUUUAGAAUCUAGAAACUACUCACCAAACUCCAGACCUUCAGGUUAAGGUUCAGCCAUUGGGAUGCCCCUCUUGAGCAAAUCUUGUCUGAGUGGCAGAUUUUCCUCCCUGCUCUGAUUUUAUUUAUUUAUUUUGGAGUUUUUCCUUUUUAUCGGUACCAGGGAUCGAACUCACGACUGCCUGCUUGCAAGGCAGGCGCUUAUGCCGCUGAGCUAAACCCCCAGCCCCCUCUGAUUUUAAACAUUAAAGCCCGCUUCUCUGAUCUCUGUUCCAGAUCUCUUAUGAGCCAUGCUGUCUGUUAUCCCAGGGUCUUUACACAUGCUGUUUCUGUUGGGAGGAACACCUUUCUCUGUGGAAUUCCUGCUUACCCUGUAACUCUCUACCCAUACAUCACCUCCUCGGGAAAGCCUUUCAUGAUUCGCCUCUAACAAGGCAUGUCAUAUAUUCCUCCCUUGUGACAACCAUCAUAGCUGUAACUUUUGUGGAGUGAUUUGCUUAAUGGAUGGCUAGUGUUUGGGGCCAGCUCAGGGUGAGACACUCUUAUACCAAAGGGCUUAAGACACAUCCAUUGUUACAUUUCCCCAAUUUCAGAGAACAUUUUUUAAAUAUACACUCAUUGGAUAAGCAAGAUAUUAUAAGGAAACAAAUUAUAUGGUCAAAAUUGUUCUUCAACUCAACUUAUUUUAUAAACUUAAAAUAAUCUGAGUAGGAAGCUUUGUAAGUAGACAGUAACUGUAAAAAUCUGCACAAUGAAGGCAGACCCGUGUUGGUAACCCUGCUAGGGAGGGUGAGCUGUGGGCCCUUCCACCUCAGGAUGCUUUCUCUAUUGAAGGCGGUAAUGAGGAAGUGCCCAAGGUGUCUUCGAGACACAAUGUCCCCAGGCUAAGGCUGUCUCCUUGGUGUCCUCAAAGGAACUAGGAGGCAACUGAGUAGCUUUCCUGUGUGAUUUUGCAUCAAGUCCAUGUCCACCCAAGAUUGUCUUGCAGGCCGCCUGCAACAACACAUCCUACGCUUCAAAAAAACAAUGGGUCUGGUUUAGUUCAUUCAACAUUGCCUGAGAACUGGCUGCAUGGUGGUUCCCGUCCAAGCCUCUAGUGUAUGCCAGGCCCUGAGGCCUCAGGGUCCAUAGGGAAUGGGGGCUUGUUUGCUGAGAGUUUUGGGCCAUGUGAUGGGUGGUGGGAAGCUGUCCCUCUCCUCACAAACACAUGUGUCGUGAAAAGCUAAAGAGAAGAAGAGGUACAGAUCCAGCAGGGCCGUGGAGGGUGAAUAGGAGCUCUACUAGUCAGGGGAAGAGUACAAUGUGAAAAACAAAAAGAAGUGUGUGCUCAGGAGUGAGUGCUUCCUUAGGUGGAGCCCAAACCAUGGGUUCUGGGGUGGGGAGACUUCAGAUGUACUGGGUGAGCAUUUUCAUUUUAUAGUUUUUCAUCCUAAUGAGUAUUAGGUAGUAAUUACCACAGCACAAAUCAUGACAAAUAACAAAAAUCUAAGUUGAAAACAGACAAAAAGAUAAACACUAAGUAAAUAUUAACUCAUAAAUAUUAAACAAAUAAUAUUAAACAAACCAGGGCAUGUGGACAUAGCACGAAAACCUUGUGUCCGGGACACACAGAUGACUGGGAAGCCCUGGACCAGAGCAUGAAGAAGCAGGAGAGGUUAGCUGAGAGCCUACGGCCUCGAGCACCAGACCAGCACCUUGUUAGGCAAUAGGGAUUUAGCUCAGCGGCAUAAGCACCUGCAUUGAAAGCAGGCAGUCGUGAGUUCGAUCCCUGGUACCGAUAAAAACAAAAAAGACAAAAAACAAAAAACAAAAAACAAAAAAAACCCCAAAGCAAUAGGGAGCCACUGACACUGCCGAGCAUGGAGGGUCACAACUGCGUCCCUAUGUAGGAAAGGCCAUUGUGGUCUCCAAAGGGGAGCCUCGGCUGGUGCUCGGAUUCAUACCCCAACUUUAUCACCCACUAACUGAGCCUUGGUCAUAGUUUGCAAGCUUUAAUAUGAGAAAAGCCCAGCUUGUAGAACCGUUGGGGCGAUACAAUCAAAUAACACGUGGAAAGUGCUCAGCACGGGCCAGACCCCAAAGACCUGCCCGGGAAGAAGUAGCUCUAGGUGUAUCUGCUACCGUUGUGUGGCGUGGGUGGGAGACAGUGAGCCGAGGGCAGAGGCAAAGGGAAGAGGAGACAAAUAGCAUAAGGCUAAGGUGCAGAGAGGGGAAGUGGCUUGCUCCAGGUCACACAGAUGAGAGGUGACAUUAGACGUAUGCUGUGACGGAGCUAGACUUGAACAUGAGUCUUCUGGUAGCCACCCACCUGUUGGUUUAAUGCAUCUGGGCUGUUUUUCCAGUUUUCAAAAAAAAUUUUUUUAAUAAAGAGCCAAUUCUUGCUCAUACCUCCACCCACACACAAAUACUAAAAGGGACUUAAAACAGUAGAAGUUUUAACUGGACGUGAGCAAGAACUUUCUGGCAGCCAGAAGCUGAUUUUAGAAUCUCAGCCUAGACGAGUUCGAGAGAAAUGGCUAGAUAGUUAAGGCUGGACUGGAGGUCAUGACCUCACAUCUGCCGGGCUGCAUCUGGCUCACAGACACAUUAAAAAUCAGUAGGUGUGGAGUGCUGGGCCGAAGCCACACUUGGCCGAUGCUGAGGGGGUGAAGUGGGCACUCAGGGUCCACUGGUCCACUCACGUUUGUUCCUGUGGCUGCUGGUGUAGACGCUUCUGAGGCAGGAAGAUGGGUAAGAAAGACCUUUCAAAACCUUCUCACCAAUUGAGGGUUAUCUGACCCCACUUAGGACCCACAUCUCAGGUCCACACCUUCUUGAACCUGCCUCUGUUGGAUGUAGAAUGCCCCCAUUGGAAGGGGAUGAUGUACCCAGUGCCUCUUUUACAAGUGGGGAAACCAAGGCCAGGGUUGCCCGGUGAGUGAGUCAGGAGCAGACUUGCACCUUCCCCAUGUGUUUCUCCCACAGCGGGAAGGGAGGAUCAAAGGUAAUAAAUACUCCCCAGCUCAGCUUUUCUCAAUCUGCUCUCUUUCCAAGCCAGAGGCAGCUGAUGCUAAGUGAAACUAAAAUUUUUGUGUGCUGGAAUAAGUGGAUAAAUCUGGAUCUUUAAGAAAGUUCAGCCCACAUUAGGGGAGGCCCAGCUAACAACAUCUGGUGAGACCAUUUAGAAAGGCCCCAGUUUUAAAAAUACACAAAAUCACACUUUUAUUCCCCCACCUUUAUAAAAGCUAUACAAGCUGCUUACAGAACAUUUGGAAAAUCCAGAAAACUAUGAAGAAAAUUGAAACGCUGCCUUAUGAGACCCCUGCCACUCACAGCCCUUGGGGUAACUGCAGUUAACACUUCACUUGGCGCUCAUUUGGACUGGGUCUGGGCUCAUACGCAUUCUAUAGAUCAUGCCGUAAGGAAAUUCUUCUUUUAAAAACUAUAAUGAAGAAGUGUUCUGGCGUGCAGGCCGUUGAGGGAAGGGGUGGAAACCUUUUUGUAUGUUGAUCUGGGUACUGGUACAGCAGUCUGCAUAUAAUAUCAACUAUACGUUUUGUCUCUGUUUCAUUUUGCUUGACUAAAAUAAUACGAUGACAGUAAUAAUACAGACUCACUACAAAGACAUUAACAUAGAAGAGUAUGCACACUGCUGCUUCCUGCCCAGACCUCACCCCUGUGAGCAGCUGGUUUCUGUGUCCUUUGGCACCAUUCAGGGGUCCCCAAGUCAGACAGGAGGUCACGAGUGUCGUGCAGGGUCUGGUUCCGCGACUCUGUGGUCCGCACGACAGACCCCUCCCCUGGCCCAGCUUGCAGAGGGGGCUGGAGGGUGCCGUUGACUCUGGCUGGUCUUCCCUUCUUGCUUCAGCUUUAGACCCUACUCACUUGCUGCCGAAGAACAGUUAGAGCCCUGCCGGGCCGACUCACUGGGUAGGAAUGGAAACAGGUCUAUUGAGUUUCAUGGAAAUCAUUUUGAGGGGCCCACGUCUGGCUGAUAGUGUUCAGGUUCCUGUGGUUGAAGGCUGGGCGCCAGGUUGAUUUGGGAUGGCGAGUGGCCAGUGUUCUUUUUUGCAGCCACCGUGGUCUGCUUCAUCAUGAACUUGGACACUUUGGAGCCCCUGGGGUUCAGGCCUGUGGCAGGUAACGCACUGGCAGAGAGCACAGAGUUCUGCUAACUUGGAGCAGCCUCGCAUUUUAUUGGCUGCCCGUAAAUGGUUACAGUGUGUGGAGAAGCGAGCCAACUUGUGAAGGCCAAGGGCGUCUCAGUCGGCGAGGCUUGCUCUUCAGAGGUAAACAGUUUCUUUAGGCGCCGCUGGAAAGUGGGAGGCACGGGCAGCUGCGCAGGCCACCCCUGUGGCUGGUGACGCCCUGGCAGAGCAGGCAGCAGGAGGCAGGAGGAGGAGGCUGGUUCAGUGUCUGGGUCUGGGUUGGAGCCUAGUAGCUCUGUUUCUCCUUCUCUCUGUGACCUUGAGCAAAGUUGCCCUCCCUCUUUCUCUACCUGUAAAAUGGGUGUCCUUGCCUGGUACCAGCACAGUAGUAUGAGCUGAGCAAGAGAACACAAGGUACCAGCCUGAUGGGACGCAGAUGCUUGGGGAACUGCUGUUAUCACUUGGGGGGUGGUGGUGGUAGCAGAUUCAGGGGGAUGCCUGUCUUCACUCGGGGUGGGGCCGAAGCUUCUGGCCGGUGGGUGAACACAGAUGACAAUAAGAACAGAACCUGCAAUACCUUUUGGUUUUCUCAAGACUCUCUGUGCGCCUCAGUAUCUCCUUGCAUCUCCAGGACAAUCAACUGAACAGGAUAUGAUGGAGACUAGAAUUCCACUUACAGAUGGGGAAACUGAGGUACAUGGAGGCAGACAGCGUGUAUGUCACUGUCUCCUAGAGGUUGGAUGCUGCUGGUAGUUAGGAUAUCAGAUGUAUCACAGACAUGAAGUGAGUGACAUGAUAAAUAGUUAUAAAUAUGUACAAUAUAAAUAAAAUUCAUAUAACACACUGAUGUAUUUGUAUUCUAUCUGUACCAGUUGACACAGAUUUUUCCUCUUGCAGUGGUGAUGUGAUAAUAUGUACAAUAAGACCACAAAAAUAACAAUGAUGGCUCGUACUUAAUGAGCACCUACUAAAUGCUAGUCCUGUGCAGGAAAUUUCCAUGUAUACUCUCACCGAAUCUCUACCAACUAUUUAAGUGAGAUACUGUUACAAUCUCUAUUCUGUAGAUGAGGACAUUGAGGCACAGCGAGUUCAGUAACUGUCCAGGUCAAACCAUCAGUAAGAGACAGAAGCAAAACCCUGAAAGUGUGGCUGGGUUUUGUCUGUGCAGUUUUUAAAAAGUGGAUCUGAAGAAAAACAGAGUAAUAGUAAGUACAAAGGGCAUGAGAAGAAAAAAAAAAAUCAUGAGUGACAGUGAAUGAUUAACUUUCUCAAAACAGAACCAACUUAACCCGGCUCAAUCUGCACAGAGAAGCGAAGCCCAGAGAGGGAAGGGACCCACUCAAGGCUGCAGGGCGAGACAGAAGCCAGGUGUGCCAAGGUCCAGCAGAGGCGGGAUGGAGUGGGACAGUUGUGUGGCCGGGAAGAGGCCCGGCCCAGUGGACUUGGUGUGUGCUCAUGGAGGGCAGGUGCAGGCCUCUGUCCCUUGCCCCAACACUGACUGCGGAUUGCAGGGGUGGGCAGUGACAGUCUGACCUUGUGUGGUGAGGGCUGGGGCAUUGGAAGAGGCCACCAGGCUGGACGAGCCUUUCCCUGUCCUGCCACACUGACAACCCUUCACCCCUCCUGGGAAGAUGCCCUGUGGACAUCAAGUGUCUGUCAUCAGGUCACCCCUCUGAGCCCACUGCCACCCAGGGCCAGGAGGCUCUUCCUUCCUCAGGAUGGGGCUGUAGACUUUUUUAGUCAUUUAUUCUGCAGGUUGUGAGGGAGGCCAGCCCCGUGAGCUCUGGGGGGAGAGGGGCUUGGGCUUCUGUCAUGUCCCUCCCGACAAUCUUGGACAGAGCAGUGUCCUGUCCUCCUGCUCAAUACCCCCUUUUAGUUCCCAGUCUAUCUUCCAAGGCCUCAUUCAUAAAGACGACCUUUCCCACCUGUUAAGCUCUGCUUCUGCGGGGUCUCUCUUCGUUUCCACCCCUAGCCCCUGAGCCACAGGGCUCCCAGCCUGGCUUCUCUUAGUUUCUUUAAGAGUUGAAAGUCAGAAUUCUUCUCAUUGCUGCAGCUUUUGGAAACCUCUGGCCUUGUCCAACUUGCCUGUUUUAUAGGUGGAAAAUGUGGUUCAAAGAAGGCCAUUAGGUUCAUCCUCCCCCACAAUGUACUGAGCACUUACUCUGUGCCAGCCCCUUGGCAGGGGUGGAGGACCCAGAGCGAGGAGGAGCCAACGUGUGCUGUGGUUUUUUUUAAUCACUGCUGCAACAAAUGAUCACACAUGUACCGACCUACAGCGACGCAGCUGUAUUGUCUUGCAGUUCUCUGGAUAUAAAAGCUGACACGGAUCUUGUAGGGCUCAGAUUCUGGCGAGAGCCAGGCUGAAUUUUUUUCUGAAAGAUCUAAGGGCAGAAUCUGUUUACUUGCCUUUUCCAGCUUCUGGGAGCUGCCCACAUUCCUUGGCUCUUUGUGCAUGUUCGGAGCCAGCGCGUGGCAUCUCUGUAAUCCUGCUUUCAUAGUCACAUUCCCUCUCGUUCUCCCACUUUUGGGGACUCUUGUGAAUACAAUGGGCCACUUGUAGAUUCCAGGAGGUUCUCUUUGCUGUAUGGCCAGCUGAUGAGCUUAAUUCUAACUGUAACCUCAAUCUGCCAUUGUCUGCGAGGCAAUACAGUAACAGGUUCCAGAGAUUAGGAUGUGGGCGUCUUCAGGGCUCUUCUGCCUGGCACACCUGCCCUUGUGGAGCAGCGGUCAGCAUGGAAGCUGCUCAGACACAGGAAGAGAAGAGCUCAAGAGAGGGAACAUCCAACCCCUGAGCCACGAGGAGGCAAGUUUAAGGACCCUCCAUCCCUCGAUGCAGCCAUCCAGCAUGCCCUGGCAGGCCUCUACCCUCCUUUUGAGGCCACGGCUCCCAUUGUCCUGAGUCAGGUGUUCCGGCUGCUGGACUCUGACUUCCAGGGGGAUGGGCUGAGCUUCCUCCUGGAUUUCCUGAUCCCCGCCAAGCGUCUGUGUGAGCAAGUGCGUGAAGCCGCCUGUGCUCCCUACACCCACCGCCUCUUCUUGCAUGAGGGCUGGCCGCUCUGCCUGCGGGAUGAGGUUGUGGUCCACUUGGCUCCCCUCAAUCCCCUCUUAUUGCGUCAAGGCGACUUCUACCUCCAAGUGGAGCCCAGGGAGGAGCAGUCUGUCAGCAUGAUGAUCAAAUGCCUCUCCUUGGACCUCCGUACAGUGGACAAGAAGCCUGUCCCUGAGUCAUCCCACCCACUGCUUUUCACUCAAGAGUGGCUGGAGGCCAUCAACAGUGACUUUGAGGGGAGUCCCUUGCACAACUGCCUGGUGGCUUCAGAAAAUGGGAUUGCCCCUGUGCCUUGGGCCAAGAUCACCAGCCCAGAGUUUGUGGAUGGUAGACCCCAGGCAAUGACAGUCCCUUCACCUCCUCCGGACUCCCUUCCACUGGAGGCACUUGAUUUGAGCAGCCCCCAGAAGCUGCACCUGGUCAGCUCCCCAGGCAGCCGGGCGCUUCUGGCCCAGAAUUCAGUCAAAGACAUGGAAAGGACAUCUGGGAGCAAAUAUCCAGGACUUAUCAAGGUGGAGCAAGCCAGGCCUGGGGAAGUAGCCCUCAAGAUGGACGAUGGGCUCAGCCAGGGCUUAGAGGGAGACUAUGUGGCUCUCCUGGACUUUUCCCUAGAGAAUGGAAGAAAGCCAAAUCAGGAAGUGGAAGCAUCUAGUGGGUGUGUUUUGGGCGCGCUAGAAGAGCAAUGUGGGUCUAGGGAGGUUCCUCUGGCUCAAAGGACCCUGGCUGUCUCAGAGCCUGAUGGGGGGCCUUCCUUGCAAAACUGGGACUGCGCAAAGCCAGUACACCCAGAGGAGGAGCCCUACAUGUUGGGAUCAAGGAGUAAAGUCAAGCAUGAAGAGCUUGGCCACAACUCAGAGCGACAGCCCUGCCUUGGUGUUCCUGAGGAGCCACUGGACUGUGCCUCUGGAUUCUGGGCAGCUGGCUCAGAAGACCCCACUGCCUCCAAGAUGCAAGAACCCCUGGGAAACCAAGAGACCAUGGUCCAGCUCAGGCCAGGACCAAGACAAGCAUCUUCUCCCCGCCUUUCCCCAGCUUCUCCUGUAGGCCAGGCCUCUGAAACCAAGGUGAAGAAGACCAAGCAGGGAGACAAGAAACCUCCCAAGCCCACAGCUCACACUACUCAAAACACCUCCUCUCCCUCCUCCUCUGGGUCCCCCACUGCUGGGCUCAAAGUCUCCUUCUUAAAGGGGCAGAGGCGACUUCCUGUGCCCCAGGACAAAGCUUCGCUCCAGCAUGACCGGCCCUGGAAAGUCCUGCAGUCACUGUAUCCUUCUAAGCCACACCAAGCCAAAGCCCUGGAGAAAGAUGGAGCAACUCAGACAAAAACAUCUGGACCUGUCUCUGACUCAGGCCUACUGUCUGGGAAGAAGGCUGGCUUCCCAGAAGCUGUGGCAGGCCCCCCAGAAAGAGCCUCUGGCCUGGAGGAGGAGCCCCCAAGGCCUGAGCCCAAGAUUGAGACCGUGGCUGCUGAGGUCUUGCACUCCAGGAUAGCCUGCCUGCCAGGUGGUCGGGACAGGGCAGGGAGGCCCCUCCUUCUGGUGUCAACUGCAGAGGAGGCCUGGAAGGCACCAUGGUGCACAGCCUCAGAGAUCACCAAGCUGCUGUCCUACCUGUGCAGCAUCCCCAGGGCAGAAGAUAAAGCCAAGGGCCUGGUGGUUGUGAUAGAUACCAGGAAACAAUCCCCACAGCCAGCUCUGGCCAGCGCCCUGCAGGCCACCCAGGCUAUGGCCCCAGCUGCCCUCGGUACACUGCUCAUCCUGGGGGAGAAGGAAGACGCUGUCGCCCUGCAGGUGUCACCUGACAUCCAGGUGGAGGUGUUGGGCUCACUGACAGCCCUCGGCCACCAUGUGGAGCCUAGCCAGUUGCCUGCAGCCCUGGAAGGCCCCUUCCCCUACUGCCACAGCGAGUGGGUGCAAUUCUUCCAGAAGUUGGAUCCUUUCCUUUCUGAGCUUCACCGGGCCUCUUCCCUGCUGCAGUCCUCCAUCGAGGAGUUUGAGAAGGGUGACCCCCCUGGGGGGGUGCAGGAGGCCACCAGUUGUCUGAGCAAGUCCAAGGAGCUGAUGGAGGCCGUGCUGAGAGACCCAGGCCUGCUACACCUGCAGCAGGAAGGUGGGGCCAUGCUGGCCAGGCUGCAAUGUGAGGCCAGCAGGCUGGACUCCAGCCCUGACAUCAGGAGCCGGCUGGCUGAAGCGGCUGCCCUGUACAGCCUCGUGGAUGAGCAGCUUCAUGUCCUGGUCACUGCAUCCAACCACCUCCUGGGGAGGCUGGAGCUCCGCAUCCGCCUGGGCCGCCUGGAGGCUGCCAUUCGCCAGGUCAGCGACUGGAUGGAGCAGGAGGGGAGCCGGUGCCUGCAGGAGCUCACCCCAGAGGACGGGAGUAUGGAGACAGUGGCGCGGGCCCACGCUGACUUCGAGGCCUUCUUCCUGAAGGCUGUGGCCCAGUACCGCCGCGGCCUGGAGCUGUCCAAGCAGGCAGCCCAACUGGGAGCCGGGAGCCAGGCUGGGGGCCAGGAGCUCCCGGAGCUGGUGGCUUUUGCUGCGACCCAGCGGGCCUUCCAGGCCAAGCUGACCCACUUCUACAUGGCGGCUGAGCGGCAGCGCACGGAUCUCGACACGCUGCUGCAUCUGCAUCGCUUCUGCAAGAAGAUGACCUGGUUCCACAAGGACUGUCAGGAUCUGGUGAGCCAGCUUAGGCUGGGCAAGGCUAAGAGGGCCAGCCCUGGGGACCAGCGCCGCCUGCACCGUUACCUGCAGCGCCUGGCAUCCGAGUUCCCUGCCGAGAAGUUAGCAGCCAUGGCAUUGCAGGUGACCUCCCUGAGCCAGACAGGCUUGGGCCAGGAGCUGUGGCAGGAGGCCCGAGGGAGACACCAGGAGAUUCAGAGCCUGCUGAAGAAGGCACUGGCCCACUGCCCGUGCCUGGUGGACUCUGCUGCCCACUUGGCACCAUCAGAACCAAGAGGGGCAGUGGCCAAAGGCUGGGGUCCAAAUGGAGAAGUGUUUUCCAAGGGGAGGUGGGACCUGUCCUUACAGGACUCUUUGGGUGUGAAUCAUUUGCCAAAAGCCUGCUGGCCUCCUUGGGCUGCCAGAAGCCAGCAGAGCAGAACUUUCCAGGUGGACCCUCCAUCCUCUGGCCAGGUGGUAGGAGCUGAUGAUGGCAAAGGCUCUCAGGAGCUUCUGGAGCCCACCCCGGAGCGCUCUCGUGUCACCCUCUUCUCCUGGCAGUGGCUCCCCAGGAAGAGCCAGGUCUCCUGCCCCACCGGGGACAGCUUCUCCUCGGAGGGGACAGACUCACAGACAUCCUUGGAGGACUCACCCCAAACAAGCCCACCUGCAUCCCUCUAGCUGGAGAUGCCCUCCCUUCAUCUCCCCAGGCUCUGGGGCGGCUGGCACAAGACUAGCUGGGGGGAAGAGCUGGUCAGUCUCUCAGAGAUGUGGCCCCCAAACAGCUGACUGCCAGGAGGAUGGGAAUUGUGCACCUGCUUCUGGUUCCAGCAAACUCCAGGAAGAUGCACCGCUCACACAUGCAGAACCAGGGCCUGUGGGAGUCAGGAUCCCAUACUGAUUAGCCCUGUCACUCCAGGGUCUCCUCGUGGAAGUCCUGUUGGUACUGACGCUGCCAAGACUCCCUCUUGGACAGCCUAACACAUUCCCCACCCCAUCCCCGGGGCACCAGGCCAGCAUAGCUCCCCAACAGGACACAACACAUGUGGGCUCUUGUCUUAGGUCACCCAGAAACACACCUGGGACAAGGACUCAAGUGAAAUGCUUUUGGCAGUGACCCCAGGAGCCAGUGGCAGGGAACAGGACAUCAGUCUGUGAUGGAAUAAAGCAAGGUUGUCGAGCAGA